UUGUCUUUGAAAGCCUAAUAUUUAUCAAGGAAUCACGUUUGUAAAAAAAAUAUAGUUUUACGACAUCACAUCAAGAUUACUUGUUGACUGUUUUGAAAUUGCACGUGGGGGAUUGUGGAAAAGCCGCAACAAAAUCAACAUUUCAGAGUUUUAGAAACCCAUUGAAAGUACAGAACACUACAGAUAGUCAUGGGGUUUGGAGAUAGAGGUGGGGGAGGUUUUCGAGGCGGUAGAGGCGGGGAUCGCGGUGGUAGAGGCAGAGGUGGAGGAGACAGAGGUUUCCGGGGCGGGGGAAGAGGUGGCUUUGGAGGGAGAGGAGGUGGCAGAGGUGGUUUUAACAGAGGUUUUGAUCAGGGUCCCCCAGACCAGGUUGUUGAAAUGGGAACAAUGGCCCACACUUGUGAAGAUGACCUAGUGUGUAAAGGCACAAAUGAAAAGGUGCCAUAUUUCAAUGCACCAAUAUUCCUUGAAAACAAAGAACAGAUCGGCAAAGUGGAUGAAAUAUUCGGCCAAAUACAAGACUUUUAUUUCUCCAUAAAGUUAUCAGAAAAUAUGAAAUCUGGCUCGUUUUCUAAGGAUCAAAAGUUUUACAUUGACCCGUACAAACUGCUACCUCUGGCGCGCUUCCUAGAGAAGCCAAAAGGACGAGGUCGAGGAGGGCGCGGUGGGGGAGACCGGGGACGUGGAGGUCGUGGAGGUGGCCGAGGAUUUGGGGGACGAGGUGGCGGAGGCAGGGGUGGUUUUGGAGGUCGAGGAGGUGGGGGCGGAUUCCGAGGGGGAAGGGGUGGCGGUGGCAGGGGAGGAGGGAGAGGUGGUGGCUUCAAUCGAUUCUGAUCGUCCCACAGUGACUUGUUUUGUUGAUUUUCAUAAUGAUUCUAUCAGACGCCAGGGGAAAGUUGUGAGUGACAUAUGGAGGAUGUAUAUGUAUUAUAAAGGUCGAAGAAUUGUCUGUUUUUUCAACAACUUUUCUUCUUUCAACAGUGUCAGCUUGAUAUUGUUCUUGUCUGUUGGUCAGACAUUUCUGACAUACAUUUGGAGAUAUGUCAUAUUUCAUUUGAAAUGGAAAACAAAUUAUAUCCCAUGUAUAUUGUUUUAGGAAAAAAAUUCAUAAAUGUUCAUUGAUAUAAAUGUUUCUUCAUCAUUAAGAAUUUUCUCAAAAGCAUUUUGCUUUAAAAAGUUUUAAUGUUAUACUUUAAAAAUAUGUCAAUAAUGAUAUUGUUAUGUUGAUAUGAAGGCUCAUUUUUAAAUGAUUUUAUAUUCAUGUGUUCAUUUUUGAUUAUAUGUUUCAAUCAUGUUGUAAUGAGGAACUGCUCUAGGAAGCAGACUGAAAAUAUUUUACAUUAAAAAAUUUCAAAAGUACAAAUGUUUUA